AUGCAAUUUUCCAUAGCUCCAUCUCCUAUUGGCCUGCAGUGUUUGCUUGGUUGGGUAUCGUACUCUCGGAAAGGGCAUUGCGCCAUGAGAUCCUCGUCGCUCGACAACGUGCCAACCGCUCAUACGGUAGUUGACCUCGUUCGAUCCUUCUGGACUUCGUUGGCUACCUGUUGCUUUACACCAUGUGGGUUUGAUCGACAUUAUCUCUGUGCCUAUGGCCAAGAUCUGCUCUCUUGCUGCUUCCUUGCGAAUGAGUUUAAAACCUCUUCUAUUAUUGCACUAUUUCGUACGAUGUCUGGCGGAGCUCGUCCUACUCCGCCCUCCUAUAGAAAGCUGCUGGCAUUCUCUUCUCCUGCUAGCAGGCACCCGUCCCGUGGCUACACACCAUGA